AUGAGCAAAUGCAACUGUCUGUUCUGCUCCGACUACUUAGAAGCCGUCCAGAAACAAAAGAGGCUUGCAUGGACUACUCUCUGCCGUCUUGCCUUUCUUUCUAUAGCCGAGACGCAGGAAAAGCCGACGGAAUUCAUUAACGUCAGAGAGCUCUUUAAGUUCAUCCAGAAUCACUGGGACAAGAUUUGCCACUUGGAACAACUUAAAGCAAAAAACUGGAGGAAAAGUAUUUUGGACGCACUGAACCACUCCGACUACUUCCAGAGUGGAAUCAGUCAAUUCCACACAAAUGGAUACUGGAAACUCGCAGACACAACUAUCCCAAAUAUCAAAAACAGAAAGGGGAAGAGUGAAGAGAAGGUGCCAUCCCCUUUUGUUGCCAAAAAGAUUAUUCAGCCUGUCGAUAAAAAACCAAGACACGCUUUCUCUCAGUUCAAUGACGAAGAGGAGGUCAUUGAAGAGGAAAAUAGGAGAAAGGAAGUACAGAUAAGGGAGUGCGUCGACACAACCCCAAUAAGAGAAUACAGAAACGAGUACUUCGACCAACGUUAUUAUGACUUGUACCCGCCACACCAUGACGGAUACUACUAUCGAAGACCUUAUCGCGAAGAGUAUUACAGACCUAGAGAGUUUGAAAACACUGACUACUUUUAUCAACAGCACCAAUUUGCAUAA